GAAUCACAAUGAGGACCCACAGGAGGACCGGAUGGAUCAGAAAUGCUGGACUGACUGAGAGGCUGAAGAGAUGCAGGUGAGAGUGGAUUUGGCAGACCGGAGGAGCAGUGAGGCGGAGAGAGUGACGGAAAAUAAUCUAAACACAGAACCUUGAGAAGCUGAAAGCAUGAGAGAGCAGCAUGAUUUGAACUUGUUGCUGUUCGUGGUGUUUUGAGGCUGAAGCGAACUGCGGGCGUAAACACAAGGCUGAUGGAUGGAGCGGAGAAAAGAAAGAUAAAUGUUGAAGAGAAGUCUGAAAAACCUGACGUUAAUCUCACUCCGACCUGUUCGCAGCCUCGAACGAGACGAAACAAACUUCUCGAUUGGCAGAUUUCACGGAGUAUAUCUUACUAUUUUGUCAACAGCAAGGAUACUUUUUAUUUAUUCGCCUCCAGUAAAAGAAAAAAAGGCAGUUUUAAGUUCCCCCACAGACCUGACAUGAAAAACACUGGCCAUGUUUUUCUCCUUGAGUAAUUAUUCUGUUCAAAUAGCAUAUAUWUCUCUGCAGGCAGAGUGCUCGGGUUGAAUGGAUGCUGCCACCGCAUAAUGGUCCUCAGACGUUUGUUUCCUUGGCAACGUGGGGAGGGCAUGUGAAGAGGGAGGUAUAAAAACACUGGCAGCUGCUCUGCGAGUCUUACUCUGUGCUGAACGCUGCUGUCAUCACAGAGAGCCUCAGAAAAACUUCCCACUCGGCUCGCUCGGCUCCRCAAGUGGGUGCCUUUUUGGGGAAAAUGAUGCGGCCAAAAGACCUGCGCCAGGGCUCUGGCACCAAGACCUUCCUGGACGCCAUGCACGGCGGUAAAGUCCACCUGGCGCGCUUCAUCCUGGACGCCUUGGACGGGCGCAUCAUCAACUCGAAGACGGAGAACAGCCGCACCCCGCUCAUGUACGCCGUCUGCCUGCAGGACCCCGGCACCCGGACCAAGUUCACCCGGCUCUUGCUGGAGAGAGGGGCGAGCGUCAACUGCCAGGACGAGGACGGGCGCACGGCCCUGAGCCACGCCUGCGAGACGGGGCACCUGGACGUGGUCAAGCUUCUGGUGCAAUUCAACGCUGACCCGGACGUGUCCGACGCCUGGGGUAACAGCCCCCUCAUGUAUGCCGCCUUCUCAGGACACAGCCAAGUUCUGGAGUUUCUGGUGAGAGCUUUCAAAAGACUGGGGCUGAGGCUGGACAGGACCAACAACGCCGGCCACUCCGCCACAGAGAUCGCCAGCUUCUUUGGACACAACCAGUGUCUCCAGGUUUUGAACUUUCCCUGCAGGAGGGUCGCUGGCAAAGAGGACCCGCUUGUUGGCGUGGCCGCCGCUGUUGAGGUAGAAUGCCAGCUACCCAGUCGGCUCCCGAGGCACCUUCUGGAGAGGUUUUCCAAGACGCCGACGAGCGGUGAGCAACUGCCAGACGUAUUUCAGAGACAGACGAGGACUGGAGACAGCGGCGGCUCGGGGAGCCACUUCAGAUGUCCCAGAAGCCAGUCUCAAGAGGAUAAUCAUCCCCACAGCUGGGCUCUGCCUGCUCAGAUCGAAAAAAAUCAGAGCGAAGAGGAUGACGGCAUUCUCUUCACGGCCAAACAACUGCAAAACUGCCAGCUUCGAGAGCUGAAGGGGUCAAAAAUAAUGAACUCCCAUCCCGAGCCGAGCCAGAAACCUGUCAGCCGAGACGCUCGGCUUCCAGAACAAACACCGGAGAGUUUUCCUCUCUGGGGAAAGGCAAAGUCGUUUAACCUGGACCUCCUGAGCAGCAGAAAGCAGUCCUAUCAGGGCGACGUGCGUGACAUGAGCCUGUCAGCCAGCAAAUUAAAGAGAGCCUCGCUGCAGGAUGAGCGAUGCCUGAUGGACAAGAUGAAAUGUCAAGGGAACGCUCGGGGCCUGACAAAUGACAGCAACAAAACUGUUCCAGUGCCAACGCCUCUUUUAAACAGCAAGGYGCAGUCGUCGAAAGCUCUCCAGGAGUCGCAGAACGAAGGGGCCAACUUCAGCGCUCAACCCGGCCGGAGAGAGUGGCAGAAGAGGGGAAGCCUCGGCUCGACUUCCAGACCCAACAAACUGCUUUUUGCCAGAGGAGGGAUGGAGGUCCCCGGCCACGCUCCCAGACUGAUGGGCCUCGGGACCAGACUCCUGCGUCGGUUCACCGCCCCGGAGUUCAUGAGGAUGGUGAUCGACUGCUCGUCUGGCUCCUCGAGCAGAAGAGGCCGGAUGUCCCGCUCCGAAACCUUCCCUCUGUCCCACGCACACCAGCAGGUCAACAGUCAGCAGAGCGUCGACAGCAUCAGCGCCGUCAAGUGUGAAUUUGAAAGCUACUCCUCUCAGUCCACCUUUGAUUAGACCCAACAACAAAUAAUGGCAGGAUGUUUGUUUUCUUUUUUUAAUUCCAUUUGGAUUUCUGACAAUUCUGAUAGCUUUUUUUUGCUGUUUGAUUUACAAUGUUUAUAUAAAACAAAGAAAAAUAAAUAUAAUUGCUCAUUUGCAUAAAACUGUACACUGUUUGGUUAUCAUAUAUUUAAAAUGAUCUGUAACAACACAUGCCACGCUACUAAAACUGAAUUUUUUAACAUUUAUAUAUGUUCUAGUGUUUCUGUGUUUUCAAAAACAGUGUAUUUUGCUUAAAGAUAUUGAGUGUCUGUGCAAUCAAAGCCUAAUAAAUGCAAUAAAACAUUCUUAGUCAAGUGCGUGUCUUCAAGUUAGUAACGAGUUUUUAAAUGAUUCAUUAAUUGUUUAUUAUUUCAUACAAAAUUAAAACAUGUAAUUCUCUCUCCAUGGACG